CAGGUAAUGGCACUGUACGACGAUCUGGACACAAAGCACGGUCCUGAUAAGGUGGCCGGAUGGUCAUCCGGGCUGAAGCUGUUUCAACCACAGUUGCAAGUGAAGAAAGUGAGCCAACCGACCAUUACACCGAAAGCUAUUCUGCGAAAACCUGGUAGCAAGAUUCUAACGCCCGUUGUGUUGAAAGCGAAAAAAGAACCGGGAGAACAGACGCUACCGUUCGUGGCAUCGGCCGGCAGUGGUUCAGUGAUAGAAUCUGUGCACACCGUCGUAAAACCUUCCACCAAAGCACCGAUUACGGUCACGACGACCAAUGCAACACCGAACCCGAUCAGUGCAUCGGCAUCCGAUGACUACAACUGGGACGUGGUGGACGAGUACGAUCCGAUGUGGCCGAACGAGUACGACAAGCUGGUGAAGGACCGGAAAGCAAAAGAACCACCUAUCAAACCGCUGCAAAGCGGGUUUAGCCGAAAUCGGCGUGAUUACAAACGUUCGUUUGGGAUGCGCAUGAAUAACAACAAUAACAAUAAUAAUAGCAACAACAGCAGCAGCAAUAAUGCCGGUCCCAGUCACGGUAGUUCCGGCCCAAUGCCCGAGGACGAUGGUCCAGGAGGGAAGAAGUUUAGCGGGUUUGCCGGUCGUCCUUCAUCAGACGAUGAGGAUGAAUUCCGCCCAGGACAAAGCCGUCCAUCGGGAGCGGCUAUUGCACCUCCACCGUCAUUGCAGGAACCUAGCGCUGGUGGCAUCCCGUCGGAAGGUGGUUCCAAAGUUUCCCAGCUGGCCGCGUACGGGGGUAGUUCGGUGGCAGCAAAAAUUAUGGCCAAAUACGGGUUCAAAGAUGGGCAAGGUUUGGGCAAACAGGAGCAGGGCAUGGCAGUGGCCCUACAGGUGGAGAAAACAUCCAAACGCGGUGGAAGAAUAGUACACGAGAAGGAUAUACCGGCCAGUGGCAGCGGAGGGACGGGUGCGUCGGGAAGUGGAUCCGGCACCGAUACGGUAACCUCACCGCCGAGUGCGGCCCAAAAUGCGUCCGAGCCCUCGAUAACUGAAAUAAUGAAAUCCCCCAGUAAAGUUGUGCUGCUACGGAAUAUGGUCGGUCCGGGUGAUGUUGACGAUGAGCUGGAACCGGAAGUGAAGGACGAGUGUAACACUAAGUACGGUGAUGUGGUAACGGUGGUAAUUCAUGAGGUGCCGGAUGUGGUACCCGAGGAAGCUGUACGGAUUUUCGUCGAGUUUAAGCGGAUGGAGAGUGCAAUCAAGGCGGUGGUCGAUUUGAAUGGCAGAUUUUUCGGCGGUCGGCAAGUGCGGGCCGGGUUCUACAAUCAGGAAAAGUUUGAAAACAUGGACUUGGGUGGUUGAGGCGGAGUGUGUGUGUGUGUGUGUUUGUGUAUAACCGUGUAACUGAAAUGUCUAA